AUGGAGGACUCCUCACAGAAGCGCAUGAGCGCUAUUCCUCGUCUCUCCAAGCUCCCCGUGCCACGUCCAACGUCUGGUCUUCCCAAGCCCACGACGGCCCUGCCAAGACCAGCCUCGAUUAUUCGUCCUUCACCUUCGAGAGAGAGCUUGGGAGGAGGCGAGCUACGGAAUCCACGGCUGCGACCUUCGCUGUCGCAAAACCAACUGCGUAGCAGCAUCGGUAGCUCUUCAGAACUUCGAAACCCUCGAUUACGAUCCGCCACAUCCCGAGAACAACUCAACAUUGGAACAAGACGAACUUCUCUAAUCUCUAGACCCCCUCCCCAGGCAGCCGCCGCAAAGCCCAUUCCCCCAAGAGCGCCCUCAACGCCUCGACGACCGACAGAGCGACAGCCCGAAACAAUCGAGGAACAGUCCACAACACCUCCCUAUGACCCGCCAGGCGAAGCGAUUGGUGUCGAGUAUGACGGACACAUCUUUCACCGCCGGUUGACACUCACGCGGAGACCGUCAGAGGUUUUUGCAACCUCACCGCUUCACGACCCUGCCAACAACAUCUUUGAUCCCGAGCAGUCCAGACCGCCGACAGCCUCGACUGAUGAUGGAGAGCGCCAAGAUACUCUCAGAGUUCGUUCUCGGAAACCACGGCCCUCGCUCUCAGAGCGAACGAUCGAGACUCUUGCGUCAAUCCCCUCUUCACCAGCCUUGAGCAAGAAGUCCUCCACCUUUUUCGAUCAGGCCGAUAGUAGGCCACGAUCUCGGGCAGACAGUGGAGCUUCUCGUCCAGGAUCGAGCUAUGCAUCGGAUGCAUCAGUAAGACUCUCGUCCAGGCCAGGAAGCCGGCCGGGCUCCAGCUCAGGGCCGGCCGACAUCGGAUUCUCAAACUUCAGAGCUUCAGCGAGCUCUUACAAGCCGCCCCUGAGCACAAUCAGCGGAACUCCGCAAAAGAGAUCCUCAGUGAUCACGGGGGCCAGGAGUCCGGGUUUCCGAAUGUCGACUCAGGGUCCCCCUGGUUCAGCCUCCAAGCUGUCAGCACUCUCAGCUGCAAGGAGUCCGAGCCCAGGCAAGCCCAACAUGCCUCCUCCAAAAGCAGCCUCCAAAUCAUUAGCCGCACGACCUACCAAACCCAGAGCUCCUGUCAAGGGUCUUUUCAAGAAGCCAUCCCUCCCGGCACUCAGCCAGGCGUCUCUGCAUGGAGCCAAUCGUGCAUCUGGAAGUUCGUCAAACACCUCCUGGGAUGGCACAAUCCCGUCCAGCGCCUCAACAACAGCGUCCACUAACACGGCUUUGACAGGCGACUCGGCCGAACCAGGAACACCACCUUCUACCCGGAAAUCGUCUGCCGCUCUCCGAGAGCAGAUUGCAAAGGCCAAGGCGGCGAGGCGCGCUCAGUUGAAACAAGCCGCCGAGACCCACAAAGAGGAAGAAGACCAGGAGGCACCGAUUAUUCCAUCAGACACUGGUUUCGAUUUUGGAGUCAAUCAUGAUCCUUUCAAUACCCGCCGAGAUGAAGACCCCAGGAAAAAGGUCAUUCAGAACCGUGUCAAUGCAGGAAGGACGUCAGGCCGGCUCAAUAUUGCUGCUUUGAACCUCAAGGAGAUUCCUGUGGAGGUUCUAAAGAUGUACGACCUGGAGAGCAUUGGCACUUUUGGUGGCAGUUGGGCCGAGAGUGUGGACUUGAAGCGCUUCAUCGCCGCAGACAACGAACUGGAAGAGUUGGAUGACUUUAUCUUCCCUGAUACCAAUCCCUCGUCAUUUGAUGAGGAACAAGCGAGUCAUGGCAACAUCUUUGCUGGACUUGAGAACCUGGACAUGCAUGGCAAUCUCCUUGUUGGGGUUCCCCUUGGUCUACGACGGCUCAACUGUCUGACGUCGUUGAACCUGUCAAACAACCGUCUCACCAACAACAGCAUAGACACGAUCGCGCAGGUUACUUCGCUUCGUGACUUGAAGCUGGCCAACAACCUUUUCUUCGGACCACUGAACGGGAUCCUAUCAAACCUGAACCAACUCGAGAUUCUAGAUGUCCAUGGAAACAACAUCUCUGCUCUCCCCGCCAAAGUUGAGAACAUGUCUCGACUUCGUAUCCUCAAUUUGAGCGAAAACAGUUUCGAAUCGCUUGCUUUUGACGGCCUUGCCACUCUCCCCAUUACCGAGUUGAACCUAAGGAAAAACAAGCUGUCAGGCACUCUCAUUGAGGAGCCAAUCGGCUGCCUCCCUCAACUGCAGAGCUUGGAUGUUUCUACAAACCAGCUGCAAAGAUUGGUUCCUCUUGGCUCCGCCAUAGAGUUCCCUGUCUUGCACUCCAUGUCACUAUCAAUGAACAGGUUACAGGGGCUACCAGACAUGACAUCUUGGACAAGCCUCUUGACGCUGACGGUGGACGAGAAUAACAUUUCGGGCAUCCCCAACAGCUUCAUGAGUCUUGAGAAGCUUCGCCACGCCGACUUCUCCAGCAACGACAUCAGAGUGGUCCCUCCUGAGGUUUCGAGGAUGGAGAAUCUUUCCAUGCUUCGCCUCAGUGGCAAUCCACUCCGUGACAAGAAGUUCCUCUCCAUCACGACUGAUGAGCUCAAGGAUAUUCUGGCUGGAAGACUAGAGCCACCGCCACCUUAUCAGCAGGAAGCUGGUGCUCAGGUUGGUGUUGUGGGCAUUGUGGGUGAUAACAAGGCUGCACAGCCGCAAAACUCCGAAAAGGACAUGAAAUUUGACGAUGAAGACUUCCGGUCUGAUGAUGACUUUGCAACGCCCCCUCAAAGUCCUUCUCGGUCUCGCUCGCACACAGUAUCAAGCCGCCGUUCACGGUCACACACACUUUCGAACCAGUCUUGGCCUGUGAAGCCUGGCGGUAUCUUGGAUCGAUCGCGAACCGAGUCCUCGUCCCUGCACCCUGUUGUGUCCUCCAAGGUCGCAGCCGAGAACCAGAUUCGACAGGUGUUUCUCCAUAACAACUUGUUUGCUACGCUGCCCAACUCUCUGAGCUUCUUUGCUGAGACGUUGACUGCUCUGUCACUAUCGCAUAACCAGCUAGUAGGCGAAGCAUACCUGACAGAAGACCUGGAGCUUCCAGUCUUGAAGGAACUCAACCUAUCAUCAAAUCACAUUACCGGACUUGGUGCACUCACCAAGUUCCUCCAUGCGCCAAAGAUGGAGAAGGUUGACAUCUCAUUGAACCGCCUUAAUUCUCUGCCCACGAAUCUGAAAGAGGUGUUCCCUGCGCUCAACGUCUUGCUUGUGGCUAACAACCACAUUGUGGACCUUGACCCAGACAUGAUCAGAGGGUUGAAGAUUGUGGAUGCUAGCAACAACGACAUUUCCCAUUUGAACCCUCGAAUUGGUCUUCUUGGAGGCCCAGGAGGCCUGGAGAGAUUCGAUGUUAUGGGCAACCGAUUCAGAGUGCCACGAUGGAACGUUCUGGAGCGGGGGACAGAAGCCACGCUGAGGUGGCUUCGGGGACGUGUGCCGGUGGCGGAGAUGGCGUCUUGGAAGGGAGAUGACGAUGAGCCCGAGGCUGAUUAA